GCCGGCGCCCGCCCCGCCCGGAGCCUGCGCGCUGCCGGUGGCCGCGGCGGCCGGCGGGGCCAUGGGCGGGCGGCGGUGAGCGCGCCGCGGCGGGGAGCGCCAUGCCCGGGCCGGCGGCCGAGCCCAUGCCGGGCUACGGGCAGCUGCUGCGGCGCGGCUACGGCAGCGUGGCGGCGGCCGUGCGCGGCUGCGGCGACUGCGGCUGGGAGCUGUCGCGGCGGACGUGGGCCGAGAACGCGCACCUGGGCUGGGGCGAGGUGCUGCUCUGCGGGCUCUGCGCCCUGGGCUGGACCGCGCUGCGCCGCGCCGCCGCCCGCCGCCUCUUUCGGCCCUUGGCGGAGUGGUGUAACCUGCAGCCCAAAGAUGCUGCCAAGAUGCCCGAGAGCGCCUGGAAGCUGCUUUUCUACACGUUAUCCUGGUCAUAUGGCAUCUACCUACUCUUCUUCACUGACUACACCUUCUUCUAUGACCCACCAUCCGUCUUUUACGACUGGAAGAAGGGCAUGGAUGUGCCCACGGACAUCGCCAUCGCCUACCUGUUGCAAUGCAGCUUCUACGGACACUCCAUCUAUGCCACCGCCUACAUGGACACGUGGCGCAAGGACUCGGUUGUCAUGCUUCUCCAUCACGUGGUCACACUGACCCUCAUAGCCUUCUCCUAUGCUUUCAGGUACCACAACGUGGGCAUCCUCGUGCUCUUCCUGCAUGAUGUCAAUGAUGUGCAGCUGGAAUUCACUAAGCUCAAUGUCUACUUCAAGCACCGGGGGGGAGUUUAUCACCGGCUCAAUGACGUCAUCUCCAACAUUGGCUGCCUCACCUUUGGUGUCAGCUGGUUCUGGUUCCGCCUCUACUGGUUCCCCCUCAAGGUGCUCUACGCCACCUGCCACUCCAGCCUCCAGUCGGUCCCUAACAUCCCCUUCUACUUCUUCUUCAAUGCUCUACUCUUCAUCCUCACUCUGAUGAACAUCUACUGGUUUCUGUACAUCGUCCUGUUUGUGGCCAAGGUGCUGAUGGGGCAGAUGCAAGAGGUGAACGAUGUGCGCGAGUACGAUGUGGAGGACAGCAGGAAAACCACAAUGGCCAAGAAGAAAGAGGGUGAACUCCAGCUGCCCAACGCUCUGAAAGAAGGGAUGCACCUGAAGAACGGACUUGUAAAAGACAAGCGGUUAUAAGGGAAGCGUGGUUGCUGCAGCCUGGGCAGCCUGGCUGGAUCUGGGGACUGACCCAGGACCCUACACUCAAACCCAGCAGAUGAAAGGCACAAGGAGAACAUGCCCCUGAUACCCCUUCACCCCCCGCCUGGAGCCGGGGAAGAGAUGCCACUGACAGUAACGGGCCCCUCCUGGGUUUCGCCUGAUGCUGAUGUGCUUUCUGUAACCGGUCGGUGCUGGUUCAGCUGGGAGGCUGGUGGCUUUGCUAACAUGGUCCAGGUAGGAUUUGGAGCUGGCUUUGGGUCCCCUGGCGUUUCCUCUGCCACCCCGUCCCUCAGCUGUUCUCAGUCCCUUUGUGAUAUCCUCCAUCUUUGCUGGAUUUCCCCACGGACCCUCUCUGGGCAGUCCUGGAGGGUCCUUCGACCCACCUUCAAAUUGGGGAGGGAAAUGUCCUUUUCUCCGUUGGCAACACCAUCCCAGGCAAGGGGAGCCCAAAGCCAGCUCUGCUCUCACUGCUAAGCUGGGACUAAAGGAGAUGUGAUGCAGUUCACCUCUGAGCCUCGCAGCUCAGGAGGGGUCACUGAUACGGAGCUACCCACAUACAUGUGGAGGCCGCAGUGCGCAGCACAAUUCCCGUGUGCAGGUCCCUGCCUGGAAAACCAGCCCUGGAGCGUUACUCCAGCCUCUUGCCCUCCAGGAUGAGGGCUGGGACAUUAAUUUGCAUAAAAUGCUUCUGUAAGUCUUUGAAAAGCCAGUCCGAGGGACAAAUCCUGCAGGCCCCCCUGAUGAGGGGACUCCAGACUCUCGCUCAGCAAUUUCUCCUUGCUAAAGUAACGAACAAAGAGUCUCCGCUGCAUUGGUUGGUUUUCCAGGCAGCGCCAGCCCUGAGCCUUGCAAGGGCCCUGAGGCUGGGCCGGACUGUGUGCUGCUUGGCUGGGAAGCCCUGCGGAUUUUACAGCCCCUCAGACUGAGCUCGCCCCACUGCUGUCCUCUUGCAGGGCUGGUACCCACAGCUCCGCGUGCUCCCUGGGAAGCGGAGCUCCCUCCCAAGCAGAGACAAUAGGCUAUGAGGGGUGUUCAGGGCAUUAAUUCCAAGCAUCAGAGG